GCCCCUUGUCAGAUCCACCUGAGAUCUUUUCAGUAGAUCCUCACAAUCCAGCAUGUUUUCUUGUUUCUCUUUCUUAAGCAGUCCAUACAUUACAUCUCCGUGUGAUUUUAUUUUGACACAUACAUUCUUUUGUCUAAAACCAUUCUUACAUUUGUUUCCAAUAUUGUUGGACAGGAAAAGAAAAUAUGCUCCACGUAUGCAAUGUAUGUCUUGCAAAAGGAACAUGCUUUCACAUUCUUUAGCUUUGGGAUACUUUAGAUUAAUUUUUUAAUCUUAUUACUUUGGUAGGAUCCAUAUCUUUAAAAUCAAGUAUCUCUUGAUUUACUUUACUUUCUGUUCACAUUUGGCCUUAAAACUGGUUUGAGCAGUUACAACUCUUGACUGUUGAGCCACACCAGCUCCGUAAUACAGGUGUGUACAACAUGAGCACUUUUCUCAUCAUGACUCAAAAGUGUGGCACAUAAAGGAUUACACAAGUGGACGGUCUCCUGCAGUCAAACUAAACGUUGGUCUCCCCUUCCCUGUGUAAACCAUGCUUAUGUGUUUCCGCCGUCUCACCUUUCCAGUAAAGGUUGGAAUUUCCUGCUUGAUUGUGGUAUUUUUCAUUACAUGGCACAACAUUAACAUAAGAGACAAUCGCCUACAGCAACACAUACCUGCGACAGGUUUGGUGAGACCGCCUGUUGUCCUGUUGCCAGAUCCUCACUGUCUACCUGGCAUUUACAGCAAAGAGGAGCUGAAGCCUCACCUUCAGAGGCCUCUCCAGGAUCCCAGGGCACCGGGCGCAAAUGGCAAACCCUUUGUGUCACAUCGAAUGACUCUUAAAGAGCGUGAAGAGAUAUUAAAUGGGUUUGUUAAAAACCAAUUCAACCAGUUUGCCAGUGAUCGUAUCUCCCUGCACCGGGAUCUGGGCAAAGACACACGGCACCCAGAUUGCUUGGAACAGAAGUUUUGGCGGUGUCCUGGCCUCCCGACCACCAGCGUGAUCAUAGUGUUUCACAAUGAGGCCUGGUCCACUCUACUGAGGACGGUCUACAGUGUCCUGCACACAGCUCCUGCAGCCCUGCUCACAGAGAUCCUUCUGGUGGAUGAUGCCAGCACAGAUGAUCACCUUAAGGCUCGUCUGGAUAAGUAUGUGCGGCAGCUGAGUAUAGUGCGUGUUUUACGCCAGAGGAAGAGAAGAGGCUUGAUCACGGCCAGACUGUUGGGAGCGCAGGCUGCACAAGGAAAGGUCCUCACCUUCCUGGAUUCCCACUGUGAAUGCUUCCCUGGAUGGCUGGAGCCUCUUCUAGCCCGGCUAGUAGAGCAGCCUACUGCUGUGGUGAGCCCACAAAUCGCCACUAUUGGCCUAAAAGACCUAAAGUUCAAUAAGCCAGUACCGAAAAGGAAACUUUAUCAAGGGAUUUUUAAAUGGCAGCUCAAGUUUGGCUGGGAGUCUAUUCCUGAAGAGAAGAAGAAGCUACGGAAGAAUGAAACAUAUCCUAUCAGAAGUCCCACUUUUGCUGGUGGCCUGUUCUCUGUAUUUAAAUCAUACUUCGAGCAUAUCGGGACUUAUGAUGACCAGAUGGAGCUCUGGGGAGGUGAGAACUUGGAAAUGUCCUUCAGGGUCUGGCAAUGUGGAGGGCAGGUGGAGAUUAUUCCUUGUUCUGUUGUAGGCCACAUUUACCGCAAAAGCAGCCCCCACACCUUCCCUAACGGCAGGUUUGUGAUCACCCGCAACCUGGUCCGCCUUGCGGAGGUCUGGAUGGACGAGUACAAAAGGGUCUUCUAUCGUUUAAACAAAAGGGCUGCCUUCAUUUUUAAAGAGAAAUUAUUCGGGAAUGUUUCUGCACGUCAUAAUCUCAGGGAGAGAUUACAGUGCAGGAACUUUUCGUGGUACCUGAACAAUAUUUAUCCAGAGAUCUAUAUGCCUGACCUCCAGCCAGUCAUGCACGGACAGUUAGAAAACACUGGUUGGAUGUGCUGCAUGAAGCAGAAAGGGGAGUCUGUUCAACAGUUGAAAUGUAGUUAUGAAGGUGCAGCACAGUAUUUCGAGUACACAUCCCAGCAUGAGGUACGGCUCAGCCCCGGCAUUGAGUUGUGUUUGCAUGCAACUCUUGGAAGAGUUUGGGUGUCUUUUGAACUCUGUCGAUUGAAAGGAAAUGGAAAGACAGCAGCGCCUGAACAAGUGUGGAUCUUCACACAGACAAACCAGCUGAAGAACCUGCUAACGGGCAAUUGUUUGACAGUUUCAGAAGGAAACGUGACUCUGACUGCCUGCAAAGAGUCACCUUUAUUCAGCCAAAGCUGGGUCUUCAUCUGACUCUAUGGAUUUGUAUAUGUGUACAAAAGUCUAUCGUAAUGCAAUUCUCACAUGCCCUUAUGUACAUUUAAAGAUCUGUUGGUCCCUGUACUUGUUCCUCCUGUCCCUACUUACCGUGAAGGAAUCCUUCUGAGUGCAACUCAAAUGUAAAAGUGAACAAAUCCUCAGUUUUUUUUCUGUACAAAAAUGCCUGUUAAAGUUCAGCCGGAACUAAUAGGAGCCUUCAGCAGUCAAAUCAAGUGAUAUCUGACCAAGUUACGGUCUUUUUAGCACAAAGUUCUCUCUUUGUGUUAAUAGCCCUCUGCCGCACUAAAGGAAAUUAUGUCUGACUAAACCUGUUUUAUACAAGAGGGACAUUUUUGUGUGGAAAAUACCCUCUGGUAUUGCCAUUUUAUGCAACUUUAUACUUCUAUUCCACUACAUUUGUCUUGUUUGUCACUUACUUACACUUGAUAAUACUUGCAUACUUACUUGAGUAAUGUUUUCACAGUGUAUUAGCAUUUCUUUCUGCAGCAAAUGAUGUGAAUAAUUCUUCCACCAUUGGAUAUAGAUGACUACCAGCAUUUAUUUUAAAUCAGACUCCAUGAAUGUUGGAACUUGAAGAUUAAAAAAAUAAAUAAUGUUUCUUUGUUGUAUUACUAUCUUUUACAUAAUAUAUUGUUCUCAUCAUACAUGUUCUUCCAAUUUGCUCCCUGUUUUGUGUUAUUCAUUUGAUUCAUGAUAAUGAUUAUCGCUUACUUGGUUUUAUAUUAUAUUUGCGCCUGUUUUAAUUUAUUCUCUUGUUUAUUCACUUUAAAAAAAAAACACUUUAAACUACACCCCCUGUUGUGAAAGGUG